AUGAGAGUCUUUUUAACUGGAGCCACUGGGUGUGUAGGAAGCUCAGUUUUGAAUAAUUUACUCUCUCACGGUCAUGAGAUAACUUGCACAGUUAGAAGUGAAGAAAAAGGGCAAGCAAUAGCUAGUAAAAGUGACAGAGCUCACUAUGUUCUCUUUGAUAUCGAUGUAAACAAUGCUCAUCAGCUUGGAGAAGUUGCUGCGGGUUAUGAUGCAAUCAUACAUUGUGUGUACCAGAGGUCUUCUGAGGCCGAGGAUAUAACAAUUGAUGCGUUGAUACGGGCAGCCAAAAAAACAGCUGAAACUAAGCCGAUUACUCUUGUUUAUACUUCAGAUUUCGGGCUAAAUGGUAAUACCACUGGAAUUAUUGAUGAAGACCACGAUGAUACUUCUCAUAGCUUUCCAUUUUCAGUCGCAAGAGCUCUAAGAGAAAGAAAAGUUAUAAACGCGAGCACUGAAAACCUCCAUGGAGUUGCUCUUAGAGUUAGCUGGGUCUACGGGAAUAGCUCGGUAGAUAAGUGGAUUAGAGCUUGCAAAUCAGAAAAUAAAAUUUUGGUUGCCAGUCAAAGCAAUCCUCAAAUGCCUUUUAUUCAUCAUGAAGAUUUAGCUAAUAUGUAUAGAAUUCUUAUAGAAAAAAGGGCUUAUGGAUUGUUUUUUGCUGUAGAGCCAGAAUCCCUUACACUGCACGAUAUGAUUGCUAAAGUAUCAGCUGUUGGAAAUAUUCAAGAAGUAGAAAAAGUAGAUAACCUAAGGGCGCAUAUUUCAGGACCAUAUGGGUUCUUUUUAUUAGGUCACACAAUAGACCAACAGUUUUAUCCAAAGAGAUUUAUUGAGCUUUACGACUUUCACUUUGCUCAUAAAAUUUCUGACUGGAUAAGCUCUUUUAAUUUCUAA